GAUAUCCCCCAAUUUCCCCCGAUGUAACUGGGAGCGAUCGCUGUAUUGCUGCCGACAUCUAUUUGCAGCAUUCUCUGGCAGCCAUGUUGACCUACAUCUUGCUGCUGUGCUGUUUGGUGUUGGGUGCUGGUGGCUGUACAAGUGGGAGCAGUAACAAAAAGAAACACGAAGAUCCCGUUCUGAAAGUGGCCAUGAAGAUGAUUAAUGACCACUAUCUUCAGCAAGGUGACAAAUCUAAGAGAAAAUUGUUAAAAAUUGUUUCAUCGGAUCAAAAGGUUGUGUCUCGACUGGAACACACUUUUGACGUAAUUAUCGCCAAUGGACAAGAGAAUGCCAGUUGUCAGGUGUCGAUCAAGCCCUCAUCUUUAGGCAACACCCUGCAGAAAACUGCAGACGUCAAGUGCACCCCUAUAGAUUCUGAAGACGCUGUUGAUCCAGAUGAUCCUGAUUCUGAUCUUGUUCUUGAUAUUGUUCUUGGUCAUGAUGUUGAUCUUGAUAUUGUUCUUGAUCUUGAUCUUGAUCAUGAUCAUAAUCAUGAUCAUGAUCAUGAUCAUGAUCAUGAUCUUGAUCUUGAUCCUGAUCCUGCUUAUUACAUUGAUUAUCUGGUGGAAUCUCCUAAAAAGGACAUAUUAUAUCAUGAUGAAAAGAACAUAUUAUAUCAUGAUGAAAAGGACAUAUUAUAUCAUGACCCUUCAGUAAGACACUUCACGGACCAGACUGUGACCAUGAACAGCAAAGACGCACAGGACGCUUUUUUCUGUGCUUUGGCCCUGAUCAAAUCUCAGCUCAGUGAGUUCAACGAGUACAGGACGUCGAAAAUUAUGAGAAUCAAGCACGGCUCAAACUACUUAUACAUCUUCACUGAUGUUGUUCUGUCCACUUGCAAAGGCCAGAGGAAGGAACGAUGCCGACGCAAGGAAACAGUUUGUUCUUUUAAAGCCGCAAUGAAAUCUGGGAGUGAAUCGACUUGCUACGUCUAUUCGGUGAAAUGUAAACCUCCAAAGGAUUAUUCUUCAGUAGGAAGAAAUGCUCCCAGGCAAAUAUUUCGAAACAAUCGCCAUUAAUGGCAUCAGGAGGCUGUACAUCAGUAGCAGUGUACACACUUUUGUCAAGAGGUUGUACAUUAGUAGCAGUGUACACAAGUUAGGAAAAUAAACUCAGCCAAAACGAAA